GGAGGACCAGGGGAGCCUUCACAGAGGAGCUGAUGGUCAAGUGACUUCAGAAAUGAAGACUCUUCACAACAGCCUUGGAAACAUGGAAUGACACCUCUGUUUCUCUGAAAGUGAUUUCAGCUAGUGAGACUUCUCAUGAAACAAAGCUUGACUAAAAGCCAGACUCUUAAAACAUGUGGCACAAUGUGAGAGGGAUGGAGGUGAAGUGAACAGAGCAUAUGUAACAGAAAAGACCCAAUUAAUUCUUAGGGAUGGCCUAUUGAAUGUCUCAUUUUUCUGAAACCAAACUUGUGGUUCUUCAGAAGAGUUACUACUUAUUCAUAAAUAACCAUAUGGCUCUCUUGAGCUAAUAGAAAAUCUGUUUGUUGUUUAUCUGCAUAGCAGAAGAGGCAAAGGAAUUGUAAUGAAAGAUGCAAAGAUAUAGAAUUUCCAUUUAAUAGAAGCCAUAGCACCUAACAAUGUAUGUGCAUCAGGAUAUUUUACAGGGGAGAAUCAAGUGGCACAAUGCCAAAGAUGGUAUUUCCUGGCAAGAAAAUGUUCUUCCCACCCACUUUUCUAGGUCAAUGUUACCACAUCCCUAGUUUAUUACUACCAAAUACAAAGUUAAAGCUGAAGAGAACCUUAAACUAUAUAAAACUAUGGAGUGUGUACGUGCAUGACUCCAGGAAAAACAGCUUCCAUGUCACAUUUUGUACAGGGCACAUCUAGAAUGAUUGCUGCAGAAAGUUCUACGGAGCAUAAAGAGUGUGCUGAAUCAUCAACAAGAAAGAACUUGACGAAUUCUCUUGAACAAAAGAUAAGGUGUUUGGAAAAACAAAGAAAAGAGCUCCUGGAAGUUAACCAGCAAUGGGAUCAGCAAUUUAGAAGUAUGAAAGAGUUAUACGAAAGAAAGGUAGCAGAGAUGAAGAUGAAACUUGACGCCGCAGAAAGAUUCCUCAGCACGCGGGAGAAGGAUCCGCAUCAGAGGCAGAGAGAGGACGGCAGGCAGAGAGAGGACGGCAGGCAGCGCGACCUGACCCGGGACCGGCUGCAGCGGGAGGAGAAGGAAAAGGACCACCUAAAUGAAGAAUUACAUGAAUUGAAGGAAGAGAAUAAACUUUUAAAGGAAAAAAAUACUCUUGUGAACAAGGAAAAGGAACACUACGAAUGUGAAAUAAAACGCCUCAAUAAGGCUCUUCAGGACGCCUUGAAUAUCAAGUGUUCAUUUUCCGAGGACUGUUUGAGGAAGUCUCGAGUGGAAUUCUGCCAUGAGGAGAUGAGAACAGAAAUGGAAGUUCUGAAGCAGCAGGUGCAAAUAUAUGAAGAAGACUUCAAAAAGGAACGAUCGGAUCGAGAGAGACUUAAUCAAGAGAAAGAGGAGCUACAGCAAAUUAAUGAAACUUCUCAAUCCCAGUUGAACAGGCUGAAUUCUCAGAUAAAAGCUUGUCAGAUGGAGAAAGAAAAACUAGAAAAGCAAUUAAAACAGAUGUAUUGCCCAACCUGUAACCGCAGCUUGGUUUUCCACCUGCAAGAUCCAUGGGUACCAACAGGCCCUGGAGCUGUGCAGAAGCAACGGGAGCACCCACCAGACUAUCUGUGGUAUGCUCUUGACCAGCUUCCGCCAGAUGUACAACACAAGGCAAAUGGUUUAUCCUCAGUAAAGAAAGUCAAUCAGUAGAAGUACACACUAACAGAGAGGGACAACAGGCAACGAGGGAGCGUGGCUGAGGACCGUCUUCUUUGUUUAUACUGAGGCUUGUUUCUGCCACACAGACACAUCAUCUACCCUGUUAUUUGUGCCUGGUCAUGUUUUCCUUUGGCAUGAACACAGGAAAAGGCUUCUGACAGCUGAAAUCCUGAUCAAAUUGGAGGAGCCAGUUAUUAUACAACCAAAUACAACUUUCAGUUUCCUUGAAAUGAGACUUGGCAGAUGGAUGAUGCAUGACUCCCUGAAAAUCUCUUCAGCAUAUUGCUGUUGGAUGCACAAAAAUGAUUCUAUGAUUUAAGCAACUCAGUGUUUGCUGCAGGGAUAUUGUAUGUUGAUUUAAAGAGCAUACAUAUGUGUGUGUGUGUGCGUGUGUGUGUGUGUGUGUGCAUGUGUGUGUGUGUGUGUUUCCUGGGGUAAAAAUUUCUGCAGUUGUAAAUUUUUAACAUUGCUCCCAUUCUUCUUCCACAGGGCCUUAGUUCUUUAGCUAUUUGACUACAUAUUGUUGAUCUCAGUGAUCCUAAAAGUAGAAUUGAAGGGUGUAUAUACCUCGUUAAAUUAAAUAAGUGGUUCAAUCUGAAUAAAAUGGUAAAUUGGAAGCUAUUCCUUAGACAGAUCAUUUCUUUAAGAUGAUGAGAAAUUGUGGGCCUGCUUCACAAGACUUGAUUAUGAAAGAUAAAGUCUUGGGCUGGGUGUGGUGGCUUAUGCCUAUAAUCCCAGCAAUUUGGGAGACUGAGGCAGGUGGAGUGCUUUGAGGCCAGGAGUUCUAGACCAGCCUGGCCAGCAUGGUGAAACCCCAUCUCUACUAUAAAUACAAAAAUUAGCCAGGCUCAUGGCACACACCUAUAAACCCAGCUACUCAAGAGGCUUGAGGCGGGAGGAUCACUUGAGCCCAGGGAGGCAGAGGUUGCGGUAAGUUGAGAUUACCACUGCACUCCAGCCUGGGAAAUAGAGUGAGCAAGCCUCAGUCCCCCCUACCCACCCACUCCACACCACCAAAAAAAAAGGAAGACAAAGUCCUGAUGGGAUGAUGAUGGCUAUAUGGCUAUGCUGUGUCCAUAUAUACUUACAGAAAUAUUUCAGACAUAUGGAUUUAUAGUUAAAUCUGUGUUUUUCCUUCCUAUGGAUUUGAUUAAUUUUAAUGAAAAACUUAAUUCUGACUUCUCAACCCAAUUAAAAUGAAAAUGGAAUUUAUUGAAAUUUUAUUGCAAUUAAAUCUUAUAGUGACAUGACAGAUGUCUAAAGAGUAAGCAGAUUUAGAAGUAUUAAGUUUAUCCAUUUAAAAAGAAUUCUGCUAGGACUAACUUGAGAUCCCCUUCGUGAUCCUCUCUCUAUAUAUAUACAUACAUAUGUGUGUGUGUAUAUAUAUGUAUUUUUUUCUCACAAAUAUGAUCUCAAAUUAUACAUUUGUAUGUAUAUACAUAUAUAUAUACAUAUAAUAAGAAAUGUGAGAUCCUUGGAUAUCUAUGCUUCUAGAAGUAAAUCUACAGCAACUGCAAAGCUGAAAAUGCAGUUGAAGAAAACAAUCCAAGCAUACUGAUAAAAUUAUCCAGUUUCAGCUUCCAAAAAUUAUGCUACUUUAUUACAGCUCAAAUUAUUAUUAUUCCAGUAUCUGGAUACACCUGAAGCUCUGUAUAAUGGGAAGAUGAAAGAGCCUUAGGAAAAUAAAUAUUUUCAGGUUCAGCCCUUUGCAACCCUGGAACAUAAUUCUUGAGAAAGAAUUAUCCUUGUCUUACAUUAAUUUUCUGAAGGUUGUUUCUGCUACUAUUUAUCAAAGAGACAAAUCAUUCUUGGAUAUUACUUCAGUAUAAGUAUAAGCAUAAGUAUAAGUCAGCUGCUGACUUGUUAACUGUUGUUUUCUUGAUUCACCUAUACUGAAGUAAUACCCAGGAAUGGAAACAUUUUGGGAUUUCAGAUUAGUGAAAAAGUCAUUGUAAUGUCAAUUUCUUGUGGUGGAUUUAAUUUGCCAACUGAGGUAUGCCCACUGGAAUAAAAACCGAACGAACACCCAAGAAAGUACUCCUUGAGAGGCCAGGCCCAGGCGUAUUUAGCAGCAGGAAAAUGUGAUUUAACUCUCCAGUCCAAAGUCAUCCUCUUACUAAUUAGCAAGUUGCCAAACAUUAGCAAGAUUGUGGAAAUGCUAAUGUAAUGUGAGAAAAUCCAAUUUAAGUGAGACCUAAUUUAAUUUGAACUCCAGUGGGGGACUACAAAUGUAGAAAAAGGACCCCUUGCUCAGGGCAACUGUCGUUCCCAAAAGAUGGAUUUCACAACCCCGUCCUGAGAGUGACCCAGCCUCUCCUGUGUCCCUCUACCCACACCAUUUGUUUGGGGACUUUUCUGCUUCAACUCAUUAUAAGAGUUAUACCCUGAGCUGUGACUCUUACUUCAUUAUUAAUAAUAUACAACUUGUGGAAAUUGUGUGAAGAAUAGCUAUGUCCCUUUGAAAGGAGAGGAAGUCACAUAAUCUGUUCUUAGGAAAUGUAAAACUAAGCGUAUUUUAGGUUGUUGGUAAUCAUGAAGAUUUUGAUCUUUGAUUGAAGUUCUCACAUGAAGAGAAAGAUGUCUUUAUAUUGGUUGUGAUAUGGUUAGGUGAAAACCUUCCUUCAGGGUCUGGUUAGGACUGGGAGUUAGGCCAGCCUCUACUUCUCUUUGCUAUGUUUUGUUUUGGGCUCCACUUUUCUUACCAGCAAAAAGAAUAUUUUGGACUAUAUUGCUAGUAUUAUUGAGCAUGAACUAACUUGUAGAUGAUCUCCCUUAGUUUAUUUACUGAGCUUUCUCACCCAGCAGGAGAGGUAUAAAUACUGCCUUGAUGAUUAAUCAAGAACACAGAGAGAUUCAGUCAUUUCCCUAGGUUCUUAUGGCAAGUAAAUGGUAGAGCCAAGAUUCAAAACUGUCUUGAACCUGGGAGCACCCAGUUUUUGGCGUGCUACAAUUCUGCUUUGUAGAUAACCUUGGCAAGCUCAACUUAUUUUUAUGAUUCUUUUGGGUUAUCAUCAAGUAGUAUUACAGGAGCACACUUCUUAGGAGAAAAUAUUUUGAUUAAAAAUACAAUAAAUUGAAUGGGAAUUGUAAGUUGCCUCCUGAA